AUUUUUCUUAGAGUAAAUUACAUAAAUUUGGUUAAAUAUGGAAGACAAGAAAGAAGCCCAAUCAGACAGCGGAAACGUAAAAGUUGUCUGCAGAUUCAGGCCAGUAAACCAAAGUGAGCUUAGCAAGAACGGAGAGGAACAGAUUUGACAGUUUAGUGAUAACCAGAAAUCAGUCACCAUCCUCUGUUCGAAGAAUUCCGGCGGCUCUGCAGGCAGCAACAAGUUCACAUUUGAUAGGGUCUUUGAUACCCAGGUUACACAGAGAGAAGUUUAUGAAAAAGCAGCCAAACCUAUUAUUGAGGGAGUACUUAAGGGAUUUAACGGAACAGUCUUUGCAUAUGGACAAACUGGCUCUGGAAAGACCCAUACCAUGCAAGGACCUGAUAUCGAAGACCUUGAGCAGCAAGGGAUCGUUCCUAGGAUGGUCAGAACAAUAUUCAACCGUAUCAACUCCUUAGAUGAUAACGUAGAAUAUACAAUCAAAGUCUCCAUGGCUGAAAUUUAUAUGGAGAAAAUUAAGGAUUUACUUGAUCCCACCAAGGUGAAUUUGAAAAUUAAGAAAGAUAAAGACAGAGGAAUUUACGUACAGGAUUUAACAGAACAAUACAUCGCAUCUGAAACUGAUGUGUACGAUAUAAUGAAGGUCGGUAAUGACAACAGGACUGUUGCAAGCACUCAGAUGAAUGAUGCCUCUUCAAGAUCUCACUCUAUCUUCAUUAUGAAUAUUGCUCAGAAUAAUUUGGAUGAUCAUUCUUCAAAGUCAGGAAAUCUUUACCUUGUUGAUUUAGCAGGAUCUGAGAAAGUGGCAAAAACUAAUGUGAGGGGAACACAGUUAGAAGAAGCUAAAGGAAUCAAUCAAUCUCUGAGUACUCUUGGUAAGGUGAUCCACGCUUUGACAGAUAAGAAGACCACCCACGUUCCUUACAGAGAGUCCAAGCUCACCAGGAUUUUGACAGAAUCCUUGGGAGGUAAUGCUAAAACAUGCUUAAUCAUCACAUGUUCACCCUCACCGUACAAUGAGCUGGAAACUAUUUCGACUCUGAGGUUUGGGACUGCUGCUAGGAACAUCAAAAAUAAGCCUAAAGUAAACAGGGAAUACACUGUAGCAGAGCUAAAACUGAUUGUGUCUAAGAAGGACAAGCUGAUUUCAGCUCUUCGAAAGAGAAUCCUCUUCUUAGAAAAUUUCAUUAAGGAAAAUGGUCUUGAGGUCCCAUCAGACGAAACUCUGAAGGAACUCGCCAAGAAGCUUGGUCCUGAAGUAGAUAAGAUCAUCCAGGAAGAACAGGAAAUGAACGAUGAAGAGGAAAAAGAAAAUUCUGAAGAAGAAAAAAAUGAUGAAGAGAAGAUAGACACUGGGGACUAUGUUGAAUUUGAUAUCCCUCCUCAAGAACAACUUGAAGACUUGGAGGAGUCUAAGAUCGAUGAGGAUGAUUCCAAUAAUUUUAUUGAUGAAGAACAGAAGGAGAAAGCCCAGAAAUUCCUUCAGUUAGUUGAGUCAAACACUGGUAACUCCUCAGAAACCCAGGCCAAAAUUUUGGAGGAAUACCUUAAAGCUCAGAAACUCCUCACUCAAGAGAGAGAAAAAUGUCAAAAUCAAGUCGACUUAAUCUCUAACCUCCAAGAAGAUCAGCAAAUCUUCCAAUCAAAGAUCCAAAAGCUUUCUCUGGUAAAAGAAGAUUUCGAUAACUACAAGGAAGCCACUGAACAAAAGGUAAAUGAGUUAAAGGAAGAAACUGAAGACGCCAAGAAUGAACUUGAGAUUACAAAUGCCAAAAUGACCAAGGUUGAGAGAGAACUAGCUGAAAUCAAAAAGCUCUAUGUCACAGCUAAAGCUAAAGUUGAGAGAUACGAAGAGAAAGGCACUGAGUUCAUGAUAGAUGAAUCCAAGCAGAACAAGGAGUUUAGAAAGGAAGUUAUUGAAGGAGAUGAGGUGAUCAGAAUGGAGAUCAAAGCUCUACAUGAUCAAAUUGCUGAAAGAGACCAGCUUUUGAACCAAAUACAACAAAAUCCUGAUGUUAGUUCAGACCUGAAAGCUAUUAUUGAAGAGUCUCAACAUAAACUUUUUGAACAAGAGAAGCAAGCCAUGGCAGAUAGCGAUAAUCCUCUGCUUAAGAAGUUCCUUAUAGAAGGGGGAGAUAUUGACCUGGUCCCAAAGCAGGAUUCUUGAUACUUAGCUCCAUCUGAUGUUGAAAGAAUUAUUGCUAAGCAAAAAGAGGAUCAGAAAUUACUAUCCAAAAAGAAGAAGAAAGUGUCCAAGCUAAAGAAGGAAAACAGUGCUCUCCAAGCUAAGGUAGCCUCCUUGGCUAAUAUUGAAAAAUCCGAUCUUGAAGCUAUCGCAGAUGCGAUGGCUGAAGACAAGCUAGAGGAUAUUAAAGAAGAGUUUACCAACGAGAAGGAGAAGAUCAUGGAGAGCCUGCAGAAUAGGAUCGAAAAAGUUCUACAACUUGAGAUGGAAAUAGAUAUUCAUCAGGAGCAAUAUGCCAAGCUGAGAGAUAUUGUUGAUAGUGACCAUACUGGUAAGACCAAAAUCAUGCUGAAUUAUGAAAAGAAUAUUGAAUCCUUGAACCUUAUUUACCAACAAACCGCUGGUGAGUUAGCAGCAAUGAAAGUUGAGAUGAAGGUCUCUCAGAAACAAGUUAAAUCACUUACUAAAAAGCUUGAGAAGACAAAAACAGAUCUGAAGAAGAAAUCUGAUGAGAAUAAGAACUUGAGAAGGAUUGCUUCUAAGCUGCGGGAUGCAGUUGAAAAUGAGAACUUCGUGCAUCAGAGAAACACCGUGGUGAACCCUCAUCACAGAACCUUAAGAAAGGUGAUCAAGAAGACCAAGAAGUUUUAA